CGAUGCGUGUCCGAAAGGUGUGCGCGUAUCACACACUUUCAUUGUUCUUCGAUGUCUCGACGGGAUAGGUGUAAGCGAUUUCAUGUGUGUUUCUACGAGCACUAACUAAUAUACCUGUUGUCGUCCCAAGACGAGAGCGAUCUAAAUAUUCUGCGAAGUACAUAAGAACGAAAGUUCUUGCAAGUUGCAAUAGCAUAUGAUAUAUUGAUAAAAAAUAUUUGAAGAAUACUAUAAUCGAAGAUACUACCCAGUAAUGCAGUUCAGACAGUCGGCGGUUUGGCUAUUUAAACUCUUGUCAAUUGGUUUUGCAUAUACCGGUAUUAGCGAUUGGGAUGCGUGCAGUGGACGGUUAGAACGUGCCUUGGACGCACUACACAGGGAUUCCAUUAGAAGAAACAAUUUGGAUGAAGAAGAGAUUGGAACGUUGUAUCAGCGCGAACUACAUUCCGUUCCCCUGGAAAUGUCUGUCUCCCGUAUGGCAGUAAAGCUUUCAGAAAAUACGAAGGAGACCAGGGGUUACUGGGCACGAGUGGAACAAUGCGUGUACGAUCCCGAUCAUAAUUCUCUGAGGACGCGCAUUGUAUUCAACGAUCUGUCAGUGUCAGGAAUAGUGUCCCUAAUACCGCGAAAUCAUCAGGCCCUAAUUUCCGCCGAAUCCUGCAAAAUGACACUGCGAUUGAGGCGCGCGGGAAUAGACUUUCUCACCAAUCCGAUCACCCGGGGACGCGGCCAGAUGCGUAUACGUACAGAGUCCAGUUUCCUGGAACCCAGAUUUGCAUCGAUCUAUGCUUAUGACUGCCGUACUACACGCAUCGAUAAGCAAAUCAAACGGCAGGAUAAAUGGCCACCGUAUCAUUUAACUAACGUUAACAAGAUAACACCGACAUUGUCGUUAUCUCUGAACGACAAGUAUGAUGCGGCGGAACCGAGGCAAUUAACGGGCAACGCCGAAAAAAUAGAUAUUGUCAUACCGAACGAGAAUCGACGUUCGCGUUACUUGCAUGUCCCUGAGACGAACUUCGGUGUAUGGAAGAAGAAUUCUUGGAUCACCAAAUUAUCAUCACGUCAGAAACGUUCAAUGGCACGGUACGCGCGUGCUACAUUUGUCAUUACACCGUGGAACUUCACGGACAUCCUGAUAAACAAACGUAAAUCGACAGAGAGACCUGUGAAUUUUACUAAAAUUCUUAAUCUAACCGACGAUUUCCGGAAUGAGGAUCCAUCACAACAUAUAUUGCAGGAUCUCGUAGUAAACGACAAUUUUGACAAUCUCUUCUCUGUAGACUCGAAAGAUCCGAACAGAAUAAAUUGGCAAUCUAAGGAGUAUAUCACGAAAGAAAUGGAAGAAGUGUUUUUGCAGGGUGCUAGCCAAGCAUUGACCAGAUACAUCGAACGUCAACUGCAUCCGGCAAUCAAAGAAACACUAAUGCUGUCUAUGGGUUAUACCAUCAGUUAUGGAUAAAAGUUAAUAUUCGAUACAGCAAUAUUGUAAUUAUCUGUACUUAAAUAAUAAAUAU